AUGAAGAAGGCGACUACAAUGAAAAAUGAAGCAAAUUACUACUGCAAUUGCCAUUCUUUUUCUAGGGUUUUUGAAAUCCUCAUUGAUUUCAUUAUUUUCUUCAACAAAACAGAGGAAUUUCAAAGCUUUUUAGUCAGGGUGAACUUUCUUAAGAAGAUGGAUUUAUCUAUUUGGGAUCCACCAGAAAAUCAAGUCUUCACAGAUGGAAGCAGUUAUCCAGCAAACAUUUGGAAGUAUAACUUAUAUUUUGAUCCGAGGCUUGACGUGAUCGAGGAAGAUGCUUUAAAUGAGAAAUCAUGUCUGCAAGUGUUGAAGAUACAAAUAAGCAAAGCUGAUUCAGAAAUUGUAGAACUUGAAGAUGAUAUACUGAUGCUCCAGAGACAGCUUGCCUGUGAAGAUAAUAUGGAUUUUGCUGCAUUGAAUAGAAAGAUUGUUAACCUGGAGGGCAUGCUAAAGGCUUUAAAGAAUGAGAAUCAGCAGCCUGCAGAACCUAGUGUUGGAAGUUCAAAUCUUCCUGAAGGUCUUAACAAAACGGAAGCAAUAGAUGAUCACAACUCAAAAGAUAUCAAAACUGUAACAUUCAAGGAUGGUAGCACUGCCCAGGACAAUAAUACAGUCUUGGCAUCUCUGUUUGAAGUGAGAAAUCAGCAAGAAACACCUGCAGAAACAACUCUGGAGGAGAGACAUGCUUCAGAACAAGAAACCAAAGAAAAUAGCAGCAGAUCAACACAGAAUGGAGUGAAGGCUGUUCAGAUUAAUGAUCCAUCUGGAAUGAAGGGCCAAGAAGUGGAGCAUACUGAAACUGAUCGUACUAGAGAGGAGACACGGCCAUGUCUAUUAAAUCCUAUAAGGAAUGACAGAAGCACGCCACAGAAAAAGUUAAUGAGUGGAGGUGACGACUAUGGGGACAAAACCAUCAAGGAAACUCAACAACUGGCUGGAGCCAAAAGAGCAGGUGGUUUUGCAGACAUUAGUGCAACUUCUCAGUCUCACUUGAGAAAGAGGAGUGAAACAAGUUUUUGUGGACCAGUUGUCCAAGAGAAUAAUGAUCAGAGGAAUGCUCAAAAUAUGCUGGUAAAAUCACAUGACAGAACAAGUCAAGAGCCUCGGAUCAUUUCCAGUGUGCAUAAAAAUGAAGUGGUUUCCCCUAUGUCACCUAUUACCCCAGUACCUCCUAUAACAAUUCUCAAUAAUAUGUCACUGGUUCAACUCAAGGCCUUGGCAAAUCGACACAAUAUAUAUGGGGUGUCCAAAACUCGGAAGGCAGACUUGCAAAAACUGCUUCUCUCUAAGCUGCAAGCUAAAGAUUGGUCAUGACGAC